AUGGCCGACGCAGAGGACUUCUCCUCAUUGCCCUUGGCCGACAGAUUUACACAUAAGAACUGGAAAGUCCGCAAGGAGGGAUAUGAAGAUGCCAAGGCACAAUUCGAAAAGACCCCUGAUGAAUCACAUCCCGUGUUCGGGCCGUUUAUACAAGAUCCCAACUUGAUGAAAGGCGCAGUUGCAGAUUCCAACGUAGCCGCACAAUCAGAGGGUCUUGCCGCAUACUGCGCUUUUCUGAAAUACGGAGGAGCUCAGGCCUGUACAAGGACCCGCGGAUUCACACUUGGUCCAAUCGCAGAGAAAGGUCUACCAUCGACACGUCCGGCUGGUAAAGCCAGCGCCCACGAAGCGAUUUUAUUAUGCGUCGAGGUCGAUAAGGCCGAUCCGGUGAUCGAGGAACUGCUGCCCAUACUCUCCCACAAAGUACCCAAGGUGGCUGCGGCCUCUCUUGCAGCUUUGACCGCUAUUUACCAUAACUUCGGAUGCAAAAUUGUCGACCCGAAGCAAACUUUGAAGGCGCUGCCCAAGGUUUUCGGCCAUGCCGAUAAAAACGUCCGCGCCGAGGCACAGAAUCUUGCGGUUGAACUCUACCGGUGGCUAAGAGAGGCCAUCAAGCCUCUUUUCUGGGCGGAUUUGAAACCAGUCCAGCAGGCAGACCUAGAGAAGCUUUUCGAAAAUGUGAAGCAGGAACCUACACCGAAGCAAGAGCGAUAUACUCGUGCGCAGCAGGAUGCUAUGGCCAGCGCCGCGUCGGCAGGCGAGGAGGCCGAAGAACAAGGUGCCGGAUUUGAGGAAGACGAGGAUGAGGAUGUAGUGGUUGUUGAUGCCUUUGAUCUAGCAGAGCCGGUUGAUGUCUUCAAGAAAGUGCCCGGUGACUUCCACGAUCAAUUGGCCUCAUCUAAGUGGAAGGACCGCAAGGAAGCUCUGGACGCUCUUUAUAACGUCCUCAACGUGCCCCGAAUCAAAGAUGGCCCCUACGAUGAUAUUGUGAGAGGACUGGCUAAGUCUAUGAAGGACGCUAACGUCGGUGUUGCUACGGUGGCUGCGAACUGCGUAGAGCUUUUGGCAAAGGGUUUGCGCGAAGGCUUCACCAAAUACCGAAGCACCAUCAUGGUACCUAUGUUCGAACGUCUCAAGGAAAAGAAGGCUGCAGUGAUAGAAGCUUUGGGCAACGCGCUAGAUGCCGUCUUCACCACAACGACCCUCUCAGACUGUCUGGAAGAAAUCUUCGAAUAUCUCAAGCACAAAAAUCCCCAGAUCAAGCAGGAAACAGUCAGAUUCCUAGUCCGCUGUUUGCGCACGACCCGGACUGUGCCAUCCAAACCCGAACAGAAGUCGAUUGCUGAGGCCGGCACAAAGUUGCUGACCGAGUCAGCACCGGCAAUCCGCGAAGGAGCUGCUGAAAUUUUGGGAACCCUGAUGAAGAUCUUGGGCGAACGGGCUAUGAAACCAUAUCUCGAUGGACUCGACGAAAUUCGCACAACCAAAAUCAAGGAGUACUUUGGCACAGCCACAGUUAAGGCCAAAGAUCGCCCUAAGGCCAUUGUGGCUCCUCCAAAGCCUGCAGCCCCAGCUGGCAGGAAGGUGGUUGCCAAGAAGCCAGCUGCUUCGGGGCUGAAGAAACUCGCCCCUGCAGCUGCACCACCUGCUCCAGAGGAGCCCGUGCUCAAGCCACCUCCGUCCCGAGGUAUACCAUCAAAGCUCGGUGCUCCCAAGGCUGGCGGUCUACCAACCCCUGGAUCGGGUCUCAAACUUCAAAGGAAGCUUGCUGGGCCUGGAAGUGCUGCAUCACCCUCAACGAGACGAGUGGCUCCACCACCAGCAGAUGAAGACGUGAAUCCCCCACCAGCUGCCCCCAAAUUUGGCCUCGGUCGUGGCCUUGCAGGACGUCCAAUCGCGAGACCAGAGCCAGCCGAACCUGCCGCCCCCGCGCCGAAUGCCAUGUCAUCCGCCGAGCGUGCCGAAUUGGAUCAACUUAGAAUGGAGAAAAGGCAAAUGGAACAGGAGAAGCAGGACAGGCAAGACCGAAUCGUUGAAGAGUUGAAAUCCGAGCGGUCCAAGCUAAACUCGACAAUCACUGAGCUGCAAAACCAGAACGCGCAGUUAAUCGAGGACCAUACCCGAGACGUCCUGAGCAUCAAAGCUAAGGAGACACAACUGGUUCGAGCCCGGAGUGACGCCGAAGCUGCGGAGGGUAACGUGCAAAAGCAACAGCGGGAAAUCGAACGAUUGAAACGCGAACUCGCACGGGCACUCCGCGCAUCUGCCAUGAGCCCACCAAAUGCUGCCUCCGAGACUGGCAGCAUGGGCGUGCCAGAGUCCAUCUACCAAGACUCCAGUAAUAGUGGAAACGCCGCAGCCCGGUCCGGUCUUCAUAUGGGAUCUCGCUUCGAGAGCUCGCGUCGCAGCUAUGCCUCUGCCAGCCCGAGCGAAGACAAGGAAAACGGCGGCAUGGAGUCUCCAGGGCGCGGCCUAAGUCGACGUCUCAGCCCAACAUAUGGCUACUCAAACGUCGGCAGCCCAACUCGGUCACCGGCCAGAAACUCCUCCAACACCACUGACGACAACCAACCCCGGAGUUCGGAGCCUGCGGAGAAUUGGAAGCGGGCUGCCGAAGUAACCAGCCAGCUGAAGGCAAGAAUUGAGCAAAUGAAGGUACGACAAGGGCUUUCACGACCUCCCGCCCAACGUUAA